AUGAAAGCGAGAACAGUUCCAGCUGCCAGAUGUGUUUGGCCACCGAUCGAUUGCAUGUUGUGGUAUACUCAGCUGCGUUGCGAUGACUGGAAAACAGUUAUAACUGAACGUGCUGGAGUUCGAUGGGUCGACGGGCCAGGCUCCGCGUUUGGAGUGUUAGCAGCGUCGUCGCUCGCUCCGACUCCGACCGUGUUCGGUCCGGUCCACACGGCCAGAGACGGAGGGCGGCCGGCAGUCGCCCGCAUGUCGCGCUCUCCGACGGCCCCCAGCCCGUGCUGCGUGUGCUUCACUUCAGCAAGAAAUGAAGAGGAGCAAGCACAGAAGAAUACGUUCACUAAAUGGAUCAACUUGCAUUUAGAAGAGCAUAGCUCCUCUGGGCGAGUGAACGAUCUAUUCGAAGACAUUAAAGAUGGAGUUCUACUGUGCCAUCUCAUUGAGGUCCUGACAGGUGAAGCUCUGGUAUGUGCUGGUUCUCGUCGUUUUUUUGCUGCAUUCGUUUUUGAACCGACUUUUUGUUACCGGUUCUUUCUUGAUUAG